AUGUCUGUCCCAGUAAAUUCUAACAGUGGGAUUGAGGGCAAUGCAUGUGUCUUCCAACUUGACCCUCCUGCAUUGUGCUCUUUCUUUGACACUCCCGACAUCAGUGUAGAAUUCAUAGGGUACUUGUUGCUCGGUACUCAGCCCAUGCUUUACCCUCUUUAUUGCCUGCCCGCUGGCUUGGUUGACCUUCGGCCAGAGCUCGCCUUGGUCGCUUAUCUCUCAACCCCGAUGAUACAUAGUCCGGUGUAUGAGUCGCUGGACAUUGAGGUUCCAGUGUAUGUCCUAGUACUGCGUACAACCCCCGUGCCGUUCCUUAACCUGCCUUGGAUGUGGGGCAGAACCGGUUCCGACGACAUGGUGCACGGUGUUUAUGAUCAUGCUGGCAUGGCUCACGCAGACGAGCCCAAGACUAUCAUUCAUCUCGCGCAGCAUCCUUCCGGAUACUAUGUUCCUGAAGUUGAGAAUUCAGUCGGCAGCUCAUCAAUCCUGCCGAUGACGUCCCAGUUCGGCUCAUCCGUCAUCGCAUCAACCACUGGAACCGAAACUGGAACCGGAACUGGAACUGCAAUGCUUGGACAUCCCAAGAAGGUUCAAGCAGAGCAUAGCCUCCACCAAAUUAUGGAAACGUGUCUCAACUGGUGCAGGGCACUUGCGUACCUAUGUGUCCAGUUGAGGAUUGUCAUUUGUUGUGGGCACUCCAACAACCCCCAUGUCCUUGUCAGCGUUGACUAUGCUGAGUGUAGACUCGAGCUAAUUCGCAGUUGUUGGCCUGAUUGCCUUGUUUGUGCCAAUGUCGCAUCUGAAACUUUGGAAACAGUUUUUAGGAAAGAUUCCAAGGUUCCAAUGAUGCACGCUGAGGUUUUGGCGCUCGAUAGGCCUCUCCCUGGAUAA